AUGUCCCAAAGAGGCUGGUAUCAGCACACACCUCCGAGUCUGUCCAGCCUCAACCCAAGUCACGGUCAUCCCGACUACUCUCAUUCGCAUGCUGUAGCGCUGCAGGACAUCACACACUCACAAGACUUGGAAUCUCUCACUGGGGUGCAUGACCUGCCACACCCAGAAUCUUAUCUCUCCAGAUCAACUCUGAAUUUGAACGAUCCUAAGGUGUCUUGCUCUACAUAUCCCUCCAAUAUGCACCAGUCUGUCGGUGAUGGCAGCUACUCAUACUUGCAUGCAGGAUCACACUCUGCCACAUUGUCUAGCCUGAGUGGGAGCCAAGGAAACAUGUCCUGGCACCAUCACUAUGACGGUGUGGUAGCCCAGCAGCCAAACAUCACAGCACACUUGCAGGAGCUGACCUCUUUUCAUAGGGAGCAACUGGUACCUCAGGUCACAGAGCCAACAUUCGCUGAUGAUCUUGGGCCAGGCUCCAGCUCCAGCUCCUAUGACCACCACCAUUCAUAUCCCUCCUACACUCAGGUGUCCACAAGUAGCAACAGCUGCACAGACUUACACACACAGCUGCAUCUCAGCUCGGUUUCAGAGCGGCAGGUGUUUCGCCAAGGUGCUGGGCCAGAAUUACCUAUUUACAAUCCAAGCCUGAGCACCUUCCAUAAUCAUAGCAUGGGCACUACUGCACCAGCUCUACUCCCAGCUUUGAGACCCGUUGAUUUCUCUUCUGAGCAUAGCCUGAGCCAGGUAGCUCCAACCCUAUCAGAUCAAUCAGGUUUGGGCGUUUCCGGCUCGAUCAUUCUUGAUUCUACAUCUGAGUCUUUCGUGAAUAUGUUGGGCCAGAGGAGGAUGAUGGACGAUGUGUACCCUCAGGUGGCGAAGCAGCAAAAGUUUCUUGGUUCCGAGGUUCUCCCUACUAGUAUACCCACCAUAACUUCAUCAGAGUCACCGAUGGUCUUUGUACCAUUUUUGUUGAUCAAAAAUAUGAAAUGGUGCAGUGACAGACAGACAGUGGGCAAGUUGAACUUGUUCGAGUUCCAUUCGGGCAUUAGGCAAUUCAUCCGUUACAUGUCGUUCAAUACAUCUGGUUGGGAAGAUCAGCUCAUCACCACCAUGGCACUUGGAGGAACUUUUUGUAGCUGGGGGUUGAGGUGGUGCAUCAAUGGGUGGUUUGUAGAUGCUAUCUCAUGUCGACACGUUCAUGGUGCAUUAUACAUUACAGUAGACUUAGCCGCAACAGAAAUUGACUUUGGUUCACAGGCACACAAUCACCCAAAGCCGCGUGCAAAACUGUUUGAGAACACAUCAGCAAAAGGCGGCAGUCAAGUUGCCAUGAAGACAGAUGUCCAGAACUUCGAAGUUGGAGCAGAAGCUCCAAAUUUAGGGCCAGAUGGCUUCCAACUUCCAAGUGAGAGCGAGGAGAUCCUCUGCUGCACUUUCAAUGACGCUGGUGGAGACACAAUUGUAAUACGACAAAGUGAAGAUCAACCACAGAACAUGAUCUUGAACUGGUCAAGAGCAGUGUACAGUGGUCACUUUGACUUUCUGGAAGGCCGCGGUGAAGAUAGAGGGGGCUCUUGUCUCUUUUGUGUGCAAGUUCAAGUUGUCACUGUCACCAACAAAUUUAAUUGCUCUCAGAAAACCAUCAAGACUUCAAGACCAUGA